GUAUUGUAUAUACUACAAAGACGCGCAGCGGUUCGCUUGUGUUGUUGUAUGUAAGUUUCAUGUCUUCGACAUAGACUAUUUAACGAGUGUGUAUUUGUUGUGCGUUUCUGUUUAACUUCAUAUCAGUCCGUGUGAACACCAAGAGACGAGGUCAGAACUUGGCAGAACUUGACUCCUGCUUUACCGCAUACCAUUGUGCCAACUGUGUACUUUCCACUCACGUACCUGAAAGGAAUUUGAUCGGACUAUUUUCUGCAGAUCUACAGAUUGACUUCGCUAUUUAAAGUUGUCUGUACCCCAACGACAACACGGGGAACAGGCUUUCCUCACAAACCUGAACAGAAAGGAGUUGAAUGAUGCUUGACCGUCAUCAUUCACAUUACAAGAACAUACGAAACUGACUCUCUAUUACAAACCUGGAGUUUUGAAAGGUAUUCACUGUUCAAGGACAAUCAGUGCAGACAGUGUUGGAUCAGUUCAAACAAUUAAUGAACUGCUUCUUAAACCAUCAACGCAAUUAAAUAUCUGAUCUAAAUACUACAAUGGGAGCGUACCUAUUGGACAGUGUGUAAUCUGAAUAUCGACAGUGAGAGUAUAAAUAAUUAUCUAUCCGCAACAGAAUGGCAAAGAAACCAGAGAAGCUGACAUGGCAUCCAGGGAGCUAUUCCAUUAGCUACAUCUUAAGGAAUCUGAAUCCUCCGCAGAUCGUCCUGUGUGAUCACAGUCGCUGUAAACCGGAUGACUCAGGUUGCGGAGUCCCGUGCCUCAUGUAUUCGGGCACUGACGUCCAUGUAGCCCAUGGGGUGAGGUUAUCGAAGGGGGGCACAGGAGGAACGUUCAUGGCGGAAUCUGCAGAUAAGGUCCAAAUACCAGCGUCUUAUAAAGGUUGGUUUUGUGUGUUUGAUGCAAAGACGAGGAAGGAUAACAACAUCCCAGUCUACCGCAGUGCAUCAGACCUGGCUGAGUCUCACUGCGACACAUUUCUAAUCGGUGGACGCGAAAACUUCAGGUCAUGCAGAAGAAGAAUGACUAUCUUUCACCGAAGCAACUUUUCCCAUGUGACGUUUUGGAAAUGGGACGUCGAUGUAAAUUUGGCAAGAAGACCUAUUUGCAAUGUCGUGAUCCAAAAGGUAGAGACAUUUAUAUUCCUUUUGAAUGCAAAUGUUUGUUCUACAUCAUCACCAGCAAGAUAAAGAAACACAAAGCGUCUAUUUUCCAGAUUAAAGAUGUAUUAAGAAAGAUGCCAUGCAUCGUCAAAAUCGUUGCUGGUCAAGGCUUGGCGAAAAAGGAUUCUUCCCACGGAUGGAUGAAACUGACACACAAGAGUCGAGAUCCUAUGAUUGUCUGCUCCACUGUCACCCUCAAAAAGAACACUUUGUUAGAAAUACCCAAAUCAUCUCCACUGAGAUUCCAUGUUGCCACGAUGAACAGUGGAUGGCGAGAGUAUAAAGGAUAUAAGGAUGCACUUCGUUUGUGCCAGGACGAGGCAGGUAGAUUCAUGAAGUCCAUCAAGAUCCGCAGAGCUGACAGAAGAGAUCCUAAAUGUACUAUGUCUGUUCCUGGAGGCUGGAAAGACACUGAAGUGGCUCCUGAAGCAACUGCUCAGAAGCGCCAUCUGGACAGGUCCGUUAUAUCAGGACAUGGAGCUCAUCGGGGUCCAGAUAUUAAGACUCACCGGGUCUACCAAAAGAGACCAUCAUUAGAUGGUGUGUUCCAACCACCCCCACCGGUACCAGAGGAUCCUGUCAGUGAAGAUGAAUGGGAUUGCAGCUAUGACUCUGAAGAGUGGGACGAUAUCCCUGAUCUUGCACCUCGACCCUGUUUCAAAGAAAACAGUGCAGGGGAUGAUUAUCUCCAUCCAACCAUCGAAUCAACAAACCAAGGAGGAAACAAUGAGUACUUGACGCCAUUUCACGAGUCGUAUUCUCAAUCAAAGCCGCGUCAUGUGUCCGUCAUUAAAGUCACACAGCCUCCCAAGAAGGAGGACAGUCCUGCUAUGAGCAACACAUCGGAAGCUGCAUCAUCCAAUACGGGAAAUCAGGCAACAGCUGAGUGGGAAGAAUCGGAUGAUGGACAUGACUAUGUUAAUCUUCAGAAAUGGGGACUAAAUAGCGACAGCGACAGCGACGAGGACUUUCAGGAUGUGAGGAAGUUGUCAAUACACAGCACCGGUUCUGAUUAUGAAGUCCCACUAAAUAAGGACCCUCUGGUGGAGGAGUUCUACUUUGAUGAUGGCCAUCACAGAAUCUACCACCUCCCGAAGGAAUGUCCCCGUGUGUCUGUCGCAGACUCUGGAUUCGGAGAUGACAGCUUAACGUAAAGUCAUGCCGUGGCAUGUAUGUUAUGACUCUUUCCCUGAUAUGAUUCAUGGAGUUGUAAAUGUCACUCAAGUCCGAAUCAUAUGUUCUUUAAAACAAUUUCUGAUUUUGCUUAGUGUAUAUUUCAAUGGAUUGUGUUCAAUACAUACAUCAACAUACAGUGUUUAGCACAAAUGCCAGUAGACAGUGUUUAGCAUAUACCGCCAGACAUUGUUGAGGAUGUACUUCCGCUCUAGUGUCCUUGACCAACAUCAGUAGAUUGUGUUUCUGGAUAACCCACAACAAACGCGUGACAGAAUUUUCAGAUUUUCACUGAAGGACGUGACAGAGAACUAGGAAAUGUAUAAAUUCCAUUCAUGUUUCUGUUUGGGAUUGAACUAUAAUAAACUAUGUAUCCAUUGAAGGGACUCAAGGCAAAGAUCUUGGUAUAUAAAUACAAUGAUCAUUUUGUAAAAAUCACAAAUGGCAUGAGAUACUAGUAUAUAUCACAGGCAGCAGUUGGUGGAAUAACGUGUGUGUGUGUGACUGCGUGUAUGUGAGUGAGUGAGUGUGAGUGUCUGUGUGGUUGGUUGUGACGAUGUGUGUAUAUGUAUCUGUCUAUAAAUAUUACGAAUAUGCACACAAAAGAAUAUUAUAACUGUGUGUGCUUGUGUGUGUAUGUGUGUAAAUAUAUGCCACAAAUGCCACAUAUAAUAUAUAUAUGUGUGUGUGUGUGUGUGUGUGUGUGUUGUAUGUAUGACACUGUGUGUGUGUGUGCGCGCGCACACGCACAUGUGAACUGAAAGUUUAAAGUUAGAUGGAGCCACUGUAUUCAACAACAGGCACGGAUAAUAUAAGUCUGUGCGAAUAUUAGGUCCACGCCUUAGCCGUAGUAGUUUCUCAAUCUCCAUGGAAUAAAUAUUUCUUGUUUGCUUUGUUUUUUGCAACCAGCAAAUGUUAAUGGAAACAAUCCUUUGUCCAGCGGUGUAUUAUAAUCACCAUAUUUUCAUCAUCUUGCAGAUGUAACCUUGAAAACCUUGAUACAGUACACAAUAAACUCGACCAAGUGUU